UGCCAACAUAUGUGCAGAUAACGCAGACAUUAGCCCCACAUCCACUACCUUGAUUUGCUUGUGUAUGAGGCAGCCAAAACAGUAUUGGCUAAAGUUGUCUGACAGGGUAGUUUGUCAUCGCACGUGGUAGUUUCAUUUCAAUGUGUUCCAUCGGAUUUUUCAUUGAUAAAGUUAUCUGGACCUAGCUCUACAUCUCACGAAGUUAGCGUGUUAGCUGACAAGCUAACAAGCUUGGACCGUCAACUUCUGUUGGCAUUUUGACAGCAAACAUGGAUGUUCCACGUUUUGUAUCUAGAAGUCGACAUUUUUUGCUUUGAAUUGCAGAAUUGCUGAGUGUCCACGUUCCUAUUGUGUGUGUUGUUUUGGCAAGCGAAAUCGCUGAAAUAUGGGUGGGAAGAAGAAGAAGUCGGCUGGUCCUCCAGUAGUCCCCUCAGCUGCUGCAGUGAAUAAAGUCCCUUCUGCAACUAAUGGAGCAGCUGAUCCAUCUGCGGGAAAGAAAUCUUCCAAAACGAACAUAAAACCUGCUUCAAACGAGAGCAAACCUAAAGCACCAAAGACAUAUUGCCUCUCAAGUCCCCAAGUUGACAGUGGAGUAGCAUCUGACAAGUCCAUUCUCAAAGUUGUCAUCCAACCAGACCUGGAAAAAAAAGUUAUCAAACUGAUCAAUGACUAUAGGCAGGAGUAUGGGGACAGAGGUCCAAUAUCUGGACGAAUCACCACCAAGAAACUUCUGGAUUUGUAUACAGCCCUACAGAGGUUCCAUUUUAAGACAGAACAUAUUGAGGAGGCCAUGAAGAGCAGUAUGCUUUAUGGAGGGGAUCUUCAUUCAGCACUCGACUGGUUGUGUCUUAACCUUAAAGAUGAGGAGCUCCCUGAAGGCUUUAGUCAGAGGAUGCACGAAGAGAACAAUAAAUCCAAGCCUAAAUUCCAGCCCCCCAAAGAGGACAAUAAGCCCCAAGCUCCCAAAACUGAGGCCAACAAAGAAGUUCAACAACAGAAAAAUACAGCUCCAGCUAAAGAUAGCAAAGCAGAUUUGAAGGAGUGGAUCCUGAGGUACGCCGAGCAGUCAAGCGAAGAGAGUGAAGAAGAGGAGGAGGCGGGCGGUCCUGUACGCAACCCUGAGCUGGACGAGAAGUUUGAUCCCAAUGACCGGUACCUGGUGCUUACCGCACAGUUGUAUGACGCAAAAGAAAUGGCUGCCGCAGCCAAGGCCAAGAAGGAUAAAACCGGACAAAGGACUGCCCAAGACAGAAUCAGGGUCAUCCAGCAAGAAAUGAAGCCUCUGGAAGCUCACCCCAUGUUCAACCCAGCUAUUAAAGUGGUGGACACACCCAAGGAGGAUAAGAAGAAGCCUGCUCCUGUAACAGAAGGGAAGGAGGACAUCAACUUUAACCUUUUUGAGCAAGCUGAAAAGCAAGCUGAAAAGCCACCUGCCACCGAGAAAAAGGUGAAGAAGAAUGAGCCAAAAGAUAUCCGCAACUUUGACUACACAGCACGUAGCUGGACUGGAAAGUCUCCAAAACAGUUCUUGAUUGACUGGGUUCGGAAAAAUCUUCCCAAGAGUCCGCCACCAACCUUUGAGAAAGUUCAAGCAGGCAGAUAUUGGAAAUGCCGUGUGCGUGUAAGGAGACCUGAUGAUGUGCUGGAGGUCUGUACUUCUAUCCUGACGGAGGACAGCAUGCAAGCUCAACACCUGGGUGCCACACAGGCCCUCUAUAAUCUGAUCAAAGGACAGCCAGUGCACCAGCUACUGCCGCCCACCUACCGCGACGUGUGGCUGGAGUGGCGGGACAGCGAGCAGCAGCAGGAGGAGGAGAGCCGCACGGCGGCCAACAAGCCUCGUGACCAGUUCAUCGCCCGCCUGCUGACCCGCCUCAAGCAGCAACAGCAGAACAGCCAGCCCUCCCCACCGACCAGCCCAGAGCAGCCCGCCGACGUUGGCUCCGCCGACGAGCCCGAGGACACCUGGGAAAGCCUGGCCGGCGAGGACGCCGACGGAGAUGCUCCCGGCAGGGAAGCGGCGACGAGCAAGGACGCGGAGGAGGACCAGGCCGGCCGGGCUCUCCUGCAGCGUCUGCGCGCCUCGCCGCUGGCCCAGAGGCUGCUGGGAGACCGCGAGCAGCUGCCGGUGUUCCGGGAGCGCGAGCGGCUACUGGAGGCGGUGCGCCGGCACCGCGUGCUGGUGGUGGCCGGCGAGACGGGCAGCGGGAAGAGCACGCAGGUGCCCCAGUUCAUCCUGGAGGAGGCGCUGCUGGGACAGGGAGGGGGCAGGCGCUGUAACGUGGUGGUGACGCAGCCUCGCAGGAUCUCGGCCAUGAGCCUGGCCAGCCGCGUCAACCAGGAGCUGGGCAGCGACGACAGCCCGGGGGCGGGUGAGCAGGCUGAUACAUCGAUCUGUGGCUAUCAGAUCCGGAUGGAGAACCGCUCCGGAGACUCCACCCGCCUGCUGUACUGCACCACUGGCGUUCUGCUGCGUAAGCUCCAGCAGGACCGCCUCCUCAACUCCAUCACGCACAUCAUUGUGGACGAGGUCCAUGAGCGAAGUGUCCAGUCGGACUUCCUGCUGACCAUUCUGAAAGACCUGGUGCUGAAGCGCUCCGACCUGCGGCUCAUCCUGAUGAGUGCCACGGUGGACUGCGAUAAGUUUGCCAGCUACUUCAACCGCUGCCCCAUCAUCACCAUCCCCGGCAGGACCUUCCCUGUCGAGGUGUUUCACCUGGAGGAUAUUGUGGAGGAGACGGGCUACGUUCUGGAGCAGGACUCGGACUACUGCCAGAGGUUCCUGGAGGACGAGGAUGAAGUCAGUGUCAGUGUCACGCAGAAAGGAGGAAAGGUCUUCCAGCACCAGGAGGUGAUUCCGAAGGACUCUGGUUCUGGCUGGACUCUAGGCCCUGACCUGGACCACUUCAGUAACCGCACCCGCCAUGCCCUGCAAUACAUGAACCCCUACAAGAUCAAUAUGGACCUGAUUAUGGACCUUCUGGCCUACCUGGACAAGGCUCCUCAGUUUACAGAGGUGGACGGCGCCAUCCUAGUGUUCUUGCCGGGUCUCGCUCACAUCCAGCAGCUGUAUGAUCUUCUGUCCUCGGACAAGCGCUUCCGUGCCAAAGACAGGUAUAGGCUGGUAGCCCUGCACUCCACACUGUCCUCUAAGGAUCAAGCAGCAGCAUUUACAAUUCCCCCUUCUGGAGUGAGGAAGAUUGUUCUGUCUACAAACAUUGCUGAGACAGGAGUCACAAUUCCAGAUGUAGUGUUUGUGGUUGACACUGGCAAAACAAAGGAGAACAAAUACCAUGAGAGCAGCCAGAUGAGUUCUCUCGUGGAGACCUUUGUGAGCAAGGCCAGCGCCCUCCAGAGACAAGGAAGGGCAGGACGUGUUCGCAAGGGCUUCUGUUUCCGCCUAUAUACCAAAUACAGAUUCAAUGGCUUUCUGGAAUAUUCCAUUCCUGAGAUACUGAGGGUGCCUCUGGAAGAGCUGUGUCUUCAUAUCAUGAAGUGUGAGUAUGGGUCACCCGAGGACUUCCUGUCUCGUGCCCUGGACGCUCCUCAGCAGCAGUCUGUGUGUAACGCUGUGAGCCUCCUGAGAAAGAUCGGUGCCUGCCACCCGGAGCAGCACAUGCUGACCCCUCUGGGUCACCACCUCGCUGCCCUGCCCGUCAACGUCAAGAUUGGCAAGAUGCUCAUCUUCGGCGCCAUCUUGGGCUGCCUCGAACCCAUUGCAACAAUAGCAGCAGCAAUAACCGAGAAGUCACCAUUUGCUACUCCCAUGGGAAGAAAGGAGGAGGCUAACCUGGCUAAAGCGACACUAGCAGUUGCUAACUCUGAUCACCUCACCAUGUACAAGGCAUACCUGGGAUGGAAAAAUGCAUGCAGUGAAGGAACCCGAGCUGGCAUGGCGUAUUGCAGAAAACACUUCCUGAACCACACUGCCCUCAUCACCAUUGAGGACGUGAAACAGGAGCUGACGCGAAUGGUGGAGCAGGCCGGGUUCUCUCGGUCCUCUAAGUCUCGCGGCGGGCGUCCCCAGGACAAAUCCGAGGGGCCUCUGUCCAGGAAAGAAGUCUCGCUCCUGAACGCCGUGCUGACCGCAGGCCUGUACGACAGCGUGGGCCGCAUCCUCUACACGCCCUCUGUGGACGUGGAGGAUCGCGUGGCCUGCUCGGCCGAGACGCCGCAGGGGAAGGCUCUGGUCCACCCCUCCUCCGUCAACCGCAACCUGCAGACCCACGGCUGGCUGCUCUACCAGGAGAAAGUCAAGUACUCAAAGGUGUUUCUGCGAGACACCACCCUCAUCUCUCCCUUUCCCAUGCUGCUCUUUGGUGGUGACAUCACCGUUCAGCAUCGCGAGAGGCUUAUCUCGGUGGAUAGCUGGAUACACUUUCAGGCCCCAGUGAGAAUCGGAGUUAUCUUCAAACACUUGCGCUGUCUAAUAGACUCCCUCUUGGAGAAGAAACUGCAAAACCCCAAGAUGAACCUGGAAGAUGAGAAGACCAUACACAUUAUUACAGAGCUGAUAAAGAGCGAAAACAUGAUCUGAAUGUGAUCCAAGACGAGAUCUCACCAGAUCUUUACUGAUCUCCCAGGGGCUAUGAAAGACUGCUCGACUAUGGAAUGAUGACAUUUUUGGAUUAUUUGACAUGAUGGAUUGUUUGACUGUAAGGAGUGACAGAUCUCAAGAGGUCUUUGUGGGAAAUGACUGUGUCAUAAUUAUCCAGAGAAAGACAAAAUGCUGCUAGGCCUUGUCUUCUCAUUUGCUCUCUUCUGCUGCCAAAUGGGAAUAAAAUAAUUUUAACAAUUCA